AUGACAACGCCCACUUCUGCCUCAUCGGCAGCUAUUCCGUUGACGACCGUGUUUACACCACCAGUCUCGUGUUCUAGCGUUAAUUGGGUCUCGUCGGAUUGCUUGAAAAGUACCUGCGAGGGUGUUUACAACAUCGUACAAACAACCGACACAAACUGCUAUCCCUCCGGAUGGGCUACGACGGCCACCUGGUUCUCACCAGGCUUAUAUUGCCCGACAGGAUAUACCAUCAAUGAUACCAAUGUUGUCACCAGUGGCUUGGAUAUAACAGAGACUCAAGCGAGAUGCUGUCCAUCAGGAUAUGCCUUCGCGACCAAGGCCAUGGAAGUUUGGUGGACCCCCGAGCCAUGCACCAAGAUAAGCACUACGACCACUGUCAUCGAUUACACUGUCCUCGGCGUAACCCCAACCACCACGACGGCAAUCACCAUUACACACCCGAUCAUCCAUGCCUACCCCGUUGAACUAAGAUGGCAAUCCACCGACAGUGUGGAUGCGGUCAUGAAAAGUUCUGCUACCGUCAUGUUAACAUCCAGCACUUCAACCUGGACAUCAACAACGACAUCCUCCUCACAAAACGCAUCCACAUCAUCUGGCCUCUCCACAGGAGCGAAGGCAGGGAUCGGGGUCGGAGUUGCCGCAGCAGCCAUCAUCGUGAUUGUCCUCGGCCUACUUUUCUGGUUCCGACGAAGGAAAAAUCAAAAGUCUUUGACACAGUCAUCGGGCGAUUAUGGCCAAGAGGGAUCGAUUCUUAAGAAGACACGUCAACAGGAGCCCGUGGAACUUCCUGCACACCCGGCUCUCUGGACGCCUGAAUUACAUGGAGACUUUUCACCGGCAUCCGAGCUUGACAGUGAUCGGGGCUUGAGUGAGCGUGGGCAUAGUGAGCAUGGACAUAGCGAAGGGACGCAU